AUCUCUAUUCCCGCAACACUUACACGUGCAUGCUUGAAUUUUAGUUUAUUUGACUUUGUUUUUCAUUAAGAAAGUACUUAAAUAUGUCGCUUUUACGAAUCAGGAAACCCAAAACCCGCAAGGGAAAGAAGGUGCUGUUGGCUAGGGAGCCGCAACUAAUUGAGUCCGCACGCACAAUGCUGUUUUUGGACGGUCGGAAGUGCGGUGGCAACGUGAAGCUAUGUAUGAAGGAUCUGCAGGCGCUAAAGAAACCUUUGGUUAAGGUCCUAAACCGCAAGAACGACAUAACACCUUUUGACGAUCCCUCCUCACUAGAGUUCUUGACCAUGAAGAACGAUGCCGCCUUGUUCACGUUUGGUUCCACAUCGAAAAAGCGACCUGACAACAUCAUCCUAGGCCGGAUUUUUGAGAACGAGGUACUGGAUAUGUUUGAGCUAGGCAUUAAGCGGUAUCAGGCAAUUUCCGAGUUCAAAAACGAAAAGAUUGGGUCCUGUGUAAAGCCCUGUCUGGUGUUCAAUGGACCCAAAUGGGCGCAGACCGAGGAACUGAGACGCCUUCGCAACCUGUUCAUCGACACUUUCCAGCGUGAGAAGGUGGAUUCUAUUCGACUCCAGGGAAUCGAGCACAUUCUCAGCUUUACGGUGACGGAUGACAUGAACAUCCUGAUGCGUUCCUACCGCAUUCUUCUUAAGAAGUCCGGCCAGUCGACGCCUCGUAUAGAACUGGAAGAGAUUGGACCCUCUGCCGACUUUGCCAUACGUCGCACCAAGAUUGCCAGCGAUGAUCUUUACAAGCAAUCUCGCAAGCAGCCCAAACAGCUGAAGGCGGGCAAGAAGAAGAACAUAAGUACGGACCUUCUGGGCAACACCAAGGGACGCGUCCAUCUGGGCAAACAACAGACAGGCUCCAUUCAAACGCGUCGCGUCAAGGCUCUGCGCAAAACACCUGAGGAGAAGAAAGAGAACCGCCAGCGCAAAAAGGUUGCCCUAAAGGCCGCCGCCGCGGAAGCUCUGGCGGCCUCGCAAUAAACACAAUCCUUUUUCUAGUUAGCUUUAGUUGUAAUAAAUUGGUCCAGAUUAAA